AUGACGAGACCGCAGAUUAUCAGAGCAGACACAAUUGAUCUGCAGGAUCACCACGCUCCCUCAGCCCAAGACCAUUCUUCAUCCAACACACGAAUUGUCGAAGGCCGAACCGGUCCCCAUCAAAAUCAAUCGUUGCGCCGUGCUGAGCAAGAAGCCAGAGAUGACUUGCCAACGAGUCCUCGGGGUUCACUCGACCAUUUCGACGGCGGAGACCAAAAUCAUCAUAUAGAUAUCGUUUACGAUGAAGCAGACGAUUCUAUGGCAGAUUUGAAAGGGGAGGACGGAGACAUUGGUGACGAGGAAAGCGAUGACAUGAUGGAUGAUGAUAUGAUGGACAAGAUUUCGUCUUCGCCAUCUAUAGACGACGAGGAUAUCGAUUUCGACUUCGUUUAUGCUCUACAUACAUUUGUUGCGACAGUAGAAGGGCAAGCGAAUGCCGCUAAAGGCGACACUAUGGUCUUACUCGAUGACAGUAACAGUUAUUGGUGGCUUGUUCGGGUGGUCAAGGAUGGCAGCAUCGGAUAUCUACCUGCGGAGCAUAUUGAAACUCCCACAGAGAGAUUGGCUAGGUUGAACAAGCAUCGAAAUAUUGAUCUCUCUGCCACGAUGCUCGGUGACAAUGCAGAAAAAUCCAAGAAUCCGCUUAAGAAAGCCAUGCGCCGCCGCAACGCAAAGACAGUCACCUUUACUUCGCCGACAUUCUUCGAGCCUUCUGAUAAUGAUUACUCAACCGAGGAAGAAGAGGAAGAAGAUGCAGAGCAAAUGGAGGAAGAGGAGAGUCGAGCUGAAUCCCAAGAUACCCAAUAUGACAUUCAAGACGAGGAUAUGGUUGUCGAGCCACUCAGACCGAAGCCGCAGAAGGAGAAAGUUUCGCGAGUGGUGGAGCCCGAAGAAGAAGAGAUACAGAUCGAACCCUCAAGCCCCGAGAAGCCACGUCCUAGCGACGAGUCUUUUGAAAGACCUGCUCGGUCGAGAAAUGGUACACUACGCAAUACGGAUUCCUUUUUCAACGACGACACAGCAGAGACUAAAAAGAUAUCGAUCACUCCAAGUCUUCUUCGCGAUGAUAGCACUUCAGACAGAUUCAAAAGCGAACCACAAGAGGGCCGCGCGAGUAUGGAGUCAAUCGAAAAGAACCUGGCUGCUGGUGACAAGAGCAAGCGCAAGGACAAGAAGCCCGGUAUGCUUAGUGGAUUGUUCAAGAGAAAAGACAAAAAAGGCCGAACGUCGGAAGACGACGGCGAAGAUAUGGAGAAGACGUCAGAAGAACUUUCACGAUCAUCUCCACAACCGAAGGUGUCAACCGAAUCAUUACGGGAGCAUACGAAUUCUAAGCCUUCUGGUUUGCAAAGACAGUCAAGUAAGCUGCACAAGCAGCCGCCUGCAGAGAAUACGCCGGCCAAUCAAACGCAACGAACCGUCCAAGAGGCUGUAGUAUCUAUGAGCGAGGCAUCUUCACCUGUUAAAGAGGAUUAUGGCUCUUCAAUCCGUCGGGUGGUGUCACCAUCAACCGGGCCUACUGUCGCACCACUUCAAGUGCGGACCUCAUUUGAGAGGAAUGCAGCCGCUCCUGAACAGCGAACACCGAGUAGUUAUACUUCAUCUCCAGUGAAAACAUCUCCGGUCAAACUGAUGAAUACGACAUCAUCUAUGGGAGCCAACUCAAAGAUGUAUGACGACCCUAUUGCAGAGGAACCUAUUCAAAUAAUGUCUAGGGAAGAGCAACCGACGAACCCAUUCUCUUCACCGCAGGAGUUGAGAGGCAAUACUCACAGUGAUGAGAGCUUGUCCGACUCCCUUGUGGAAGUUUCUCCCAGUCAAAUUCCCAUGAGUUCUCAACCUCCGGGCUUGGUUGUGGAUACCUCUUCUCAGGAGGAACGAUCUGUUUCUCCGUUGUCUACUCAAUCAUCUUCACCAGAAAUCAUCGAACGGCCUGACCCGAAGGGCGAUGAGACGACACCAGUAUCUACCGUUUCCUCUACGGCGACAGCGACGUGGAGUGAUGCGAGCUUGCGGACUUAUCUUGAUGAUGAGAACGAUAUUCGGGAUCUUCUUAUCAUUGUACACGACAAGUCGAAUGUGCAGCCCGCUGGACCCGACCAUCCGAUUACUGGUAGUCUUUUCAAGGAGGAGAGCAGGCGUUUGAAAGAAAUGUCUGGGCGACUCGAUGACAUGCUCGCAGGCUGGAUCUCGCGAAAGACAGAUCAUCGAGUCAGCAAAGCCUAUUGA